ACUUCAAUCAUUCAAUCAUCGGAAUGUACAAUUCAAUGUUUACAUUUCAGUUUUUAAAUUUUAUGUUGUAGUUUUAAAUUAUUCCGGUUUGUUAAGUAAUAGUGUUAUUGUUUCCAGUCCAAAGCUUUUAUUUCUGGCCUGUGGUCCAAAGUCUAAUAUAGAAUACAGUCACAGUGAAUGUUGUUAACAAAAAUUAUAAAAGUUAACUUUUAUUACGAAGCAUCACAAAACCUUUACAAUGUCAAACGUCUUCCGUCGUACAGUGUAUCUAGUCGUAAAUAAAACUAAAACAUCUUUGCCAUUAUCUCGUCAAAAUAGCACUGAAGCUAACAUUUUAAAGUCUGUGUUUAAAGAGGUUGAGGGUCCAAACCAUAUUACCGUCAAUGACUUUGCAUGGCAGAACUUGGAUAGAUGGCCUGAUAAAACAUUAACUGUCUGUGCUGCAACCGGCCAUGGCUAUACCUAUGCCCAAACCCACAGGAUGUCCGUGUCUUUCGCGGCAUCGCUUCGUUUAAAACUCAAGCUGCGCAAUGAUGAUAAAGUAGCUAUUAUAUUACCGAAUGUGCCAGAAUAUCCUUGUAUAGCACUGGGUGUUCUAGAAGCUGGCUGUAUUGCUAGCAUGAUGAAUCCCACAUAUACAGCAUAUGAACUUAAACGUCAGCUAGAACUAAUUGAAUGUAAAGCAAUAGUAGCAUCAAAGCUUUCGUAUCCAAAUAUAGUGCAAGCCCUUCAAGAGCUGAAAUCGAAUAUACCAGUAAUACUCAUCGACAACGACUCUCUACCCGAUGGGACAAUAAAGUUUGCGGAAUUCGCCGAGGAUUUGGGCGUAGAUAUUGAUUGCUUGAAGGAAGUGAAGAGAGAGACAAACGAUGUAGCGAUCUUGCCUUUCUCCAGCGGAACAACUGGUUUUCCUAAAGGCGUGGUUUUGACACAUAAAAGCGUCAAUGCUAUGAACAAAAUGAUCUUCGAUCCAAAAAUUUUGGGCGUCGAAGAAGCUUCUGCCACGCACCAGUCAGUGUUGCCAGCAGUUUUGCCGUUCUUUCACAUAUUCGGUUUCAAUUUGCUCAUGAUCAACCUCAUGGGGCGGGGUGCUAAAAUGGUAACACUACCUGUUUUCAAGCCGGACUUAUUUCUAGAAGCAAUAGUGAAAUACAGAACCAACCAUCUUUACAUAGUUCCACCUAUGGCGGUAUUCUUGGGCAAGCAUCCAGCCGUAACACCGCGUCACUUCGAAAGUAUCGAAGGCAUCGUUUGCGGGGCCGCACCCGUCUCUGAAGCUGACGCUGCCGCCAUUCUGGAAAAAAAAAAAGAGCUUAUCUUCCGUCAAGGAUACGGUCUGACGGAGACCAACGGAGGAAUAUCCGUGGGCCACAACAAAGAUACUAACCACGCUGCCGUUGGACAUAACUUCUACGGCUCAGAGCUGAAGAUUGCUGAUUUAAAGACACAAGAAGCACUAGGAGCUGGAAAGGAAGGUGAAAUAUGGUACAGAGGUCCAAAUCUCAUGACAGGCUAUUAUAAGAACGAAGAAGCGACAAAAGAAGUUCUGACAGAAGACGGAUGGUACAAGACUGGCGAUAUCGGCAAAUAUGACCAAAAUGGAUAUCUCUACGUUACUGAUAGGCUGAAAGAGUUGAUCAAGGUAAAAGGAUUCCAAGUUCCACCGGCAGAACUUGAAAUGAUUCUCCGAACACAUCCAAAAAUCCUCGACUGCGCAGUAUUGGGAAUCCCCGACCCUAUAAGCGGGGAAGUCCCUAAAGCUUUCAUUGUGACCCAAGCGGGACAGAGUGCUAAAAGUGAGGAAAUACUGGAGUACGUUAAUAAUAAAGUGGUAGCAUUUAAGAGGAUAAAAGAUGUUCAGUUUGUGGAUGCCAUCCCUAAGAAUCCCGCCGGUAAGAUAUUGAGAAAGGAUUUGAAGUCUAAAUACUGUUAGCAUUAAGGGACAGAUGUUUUUUUAAUAAUUAAUAAUAAGAUCAACAUGGACAGACGACAUAAUAAUCGCUUCACAUUAUUCUAGUCGCUUGAUCCAGUAAGUUUAUUAAAGCGUUCCCCAAAUAGGUCGCGAUUGCAGUCAGACUUUACAGUUUAGUCAGACGCGCAAAAGUUUUAGUUUUUUUUUUUACCUGGCCUAUAAUGUCACAUUUAAUAACUUUUUACUAAAGUAUUUUAAAAUAUUAUGACAACAUAAAUAUAUUUAAAAGUACUGAAAAUAUAAAAACAGGUCUUAACAUAGAAGAUAGUGUUUCUAUACUCUUUGAUAGGAUACAAUAUAUAUCGGUAUUUAACUAAACUCUGCUAUUGGAUAAAUGAUGCAGACCAACUUUAUUGUCUACCUGCUUUGUGAUUCACCUCCGAUAUAAUAUAGUAUUCGAGGAAUUCCAACUCACUUGACAGAACAGGGCCUCUUACUUAACUUAGGAGUUUAACUAUUGUGUCAAAUUAUAAUGUUUGAUUCUUGACAUAAAAUGGCAUAUUUAAUAAGGAUGAUACGAAAUGUAACUUACACUAAGUAGUCUCCUAUGUUUACUCCGGAUCAUGACAAUAUAUAGUGUAACACUACAUAAAACCGCGACCGCUUCUGUUUUGGGUAAGCUUUAUGGGCCGAACUGGACGGCAACUUUUUGUGUGACAAAAUACAAUUAAAACAAAAAUGGGCAUUACGUUAAUCUGACAAUUUGUAAUAGACGGACGACGCGACGGUAACAGCCCAAGCCUACCCAUCGCUUGAAACAGUAUUAUUUUAAGAAUGUUUCCUGUUUAAGAAUAAUUAUAACAUCUCCUUUUUUUGGACGUCAAAGUAAAAUAAACUGUAAUUUUAAAAUAAUACUAUUUUAAGCAGUAACAGCGUGCUCUGUGUGUAGAGCUUUCAAAGAUGUCCGAUAGGGGCGCUUAUAAUUUUAUUAAUAUGAAGUGACAGAUAAUUUGACAUAUUUUUAUCGUGCAUUUUGUCAAUAUAUAACGCUCUAAAGCUAAAUAAGUUUUGAUUUUGACGUAAAAAAUAUAUAUCUUUAUUUAUUAGA